AACUCACGUGUUUUUUUUUCUAAACAAAAUUCGAAAUGGAUUUAUUCGAUGUUUUUGAUUUGGAUCCAAAAUCCAAUGAUAAUAAUAAUAAACGAAAAGCCAAUGUUAUUGAAGAAAGUAAUGGCAAAAAUAGUGGUAAUGAUAAUGGUGAAAAAGAAUUGAUGACCAUCGACGAAGAUGUUGACAACGGUUUGAUCGAUAAAUUAAUCAACGAUGUGAAACGUAAAAAAGGUAAUGAUGAUAAUCUUCUAAUCACUUCAAUGGUAGAUGAAUUGACCAAAACACAUGAUGAUAAAGAUGAUGAUGAUGAUGAAAAUUUGGGUCAAGAUUAUGGAACUUUUACUGCUCGUGUCGCAAUUCAUGAAAUAGAAACACAAGGAUCGUGUGUACAUGAAGUGAUCAUACCUGACGAUUUGGAAUAUGUGCCUCUUCGAGAUCAAAGUGAAAAUCCUAAUUAUAAACCGGCUAAAUCAUAUAAAUUCACAUUGGAUUCAUUUCAAAAAGAAGCAAUCCUUUGUAUUGAAAAUAAUCAAAGCGUUUUGGUUUCGGCACACACUUCCGCUGGUAAAACGGUUGUUGCUGAAUAUGCCAUUGCAUCUUCAUUCCAAAACAAACAACGUGUUAUCUACACAACACCAAUCAAAGCAUUGAGUAAUCAAAAAUAUCGUGAAUUUCAAGAAGAAUUUGAAGACGUUGGAUUAAUCACUGGCGAUGUGACAAUCAAUCCGAAUGCCACUUGUUUGAUUAUGACUACAGAAAUUCUUCGUUUAAUGUUAUUUCGUGGCAGUGAAAUUAUGCGUGAAGUUGGAUGGGUAAUUUUCGAUGAAAUUCAUUAUAUGCGUGACCGUGAACGUGGUGUUAUCUGGGAAGAGACCAUUAUUCUUUUGCCCGACACUGUGCAUUAUGUUUUCCUAUCCGCUACUAUACCGAAUGCAAGACAAUUUGCCGAAUGGAUAGCUCAUCUACAUCAUCAAAGUUGUCAUGUUGUCUAUACAGAUUUUCGUCCAACACCUUUACAACAUUAUAUCUAUCCAGCUGGUGGUGAUGGACUUCAUUUGGUAUUGGAUGAACAAAAUAAUUUUCGUGAAGAUAAUUUCAAUCUAGCUAUGAAUGUAUUGCAAAAUUCUUCUGUUGAAAAUUCAUCAUCCAAAGGUGGUGAUCAAAGUUGUAUCACAGUUAUCCGUACAAUCAUGGAACGAAAUCUGGCACCAGUUAUUCUAUUUAGUUUUAGCCGUAAAGAAUGUGAAGUUUAUGCACUUCAAAUUAGCAAUCUUAAAUUGGAUUUCAAUUCUGCCGAAGAAAAAGCAUUAGUCGAAGAAGUAUUUAAUAAUGCAAUCGAUGUACUUGGUGAUGAUGAUAAAAAAUUACCACAAGUACAGCAAAUAUUACCACUUCUUAAACGUGGUGUUGGCAUCCAUCACAGUGGUCUUUUACCAUUGAUCAAAGAAACGAUUGAAAUUUUAUUCGGUGAAGGUCUUAUAAAAGCAUUGUUUGCCACCGAAACUUUUGCCAUGGGUUUGAAUAUGCCGGCUAGAACGGUUGUGUUCACAAGUGUACGAAAAUUUGAUGGUACAAAUUUUCGAUUUCUAACUUCAGGCGAAUACAUUCAAAUGAGUGGCCGUGCUGGCCGUCGUGGCCUUGAUGAACGUGGCAUAGUUAUACUUCGUGUGGAUGAAAAAGUUAAUCCAGCUGUUGGUAAAGAAAUGAUUUGUGGUAAACCUGAUCCACUGAACUCAGCGUUUCAUUUGACAUAUAAUAUGGUUUUGAAUCUGUUACGUGUUGAAGAAGUGAAUCCUGAAUACAUGCUUGAGCAUAGUUUUUUCCAAUUUCAACAAUAUCUUGAAUAUCCUAAGCUGCAUGAAAAAUACAAAAAACUAAAAGAACAAAGUAACAUCGAAAUCGAAAAUGAAGAAUGUAUUGGUGAUUAUGUUAAAACAAAAAAUCAGAUUACUGAAUUGACCAAAGAAUUUCUGGUUUUCAUCACAACACCAAGAUAUAUUUUACCAUUUUUAAAUAGUGGACGUUUAUUGAAAAUCGUUAACAAUGAUAACAUCGAUAUGGAUUGGGGUGUAUUGAUUAAUUAUAAUAAACCACCACCAAUGGAUAGAAAACGAAAUGAUAAACAAGAAUUGACAUAUCAAAUCGAUGUUCUGCUACCAGUGGAUAAAACAAUUGAUCCAAUUAGUGAAACAAUAUUGCCACCAAGUAGUGUGGAAAAAUGUGAAAUGAAAAUUAUAUCAUUACGAUUAUCGAACAUCACAAAUAUCAGUGCAGCACGUGCAUUUGUACCACAAGAUUUACGUAGUUAUGAUAGCCGCCAAUCGGUUUUGAAAUCUAUAAAAGAAAUUAAAAAACGUUUCAGUGGAAACAUUCCUUUGUUGGAUCCAUUGGUGGAUAUGAAAAUCAAAGAUAAUGAUUUUCUCAACAUUGUCAAACGAAUUGAAUUGUGUGAAAAAAAACUACGUGAAUAUAAACAAAUCAACCAAGAAAGUGUUAAACAAUAUGAACGAAAAAUGGAUAUUGUACAUAAAAUGAAACAAACCAAAGAAAUGAUGAAAAAAACUAGAAGUUUAUUACAGAUGGAUGAAUUGAAAUGCCGCAAACGUGUACUGCGUCGUUUAGGCUAUUGUACAUCGGCAGAUGUCAUCGAGAUUAAAGGACGUGUUGCCUGUGAAAUUACUAGUGGCGAUGAAUUAUUAUUGACCGAAAUGUUAUUCCAUGGAUUAUUCAAUGAUUUAAAUGUAUAUCAGAUUGCCGCAUUAUUAAGCUGUAUGGUUUUCGAAGAAAAAACAGAUGUUCGACCUAAAUUGGGUGAAGAAUUAUCGAAACCAUUGAAAACAAUGCAAGAAUUGGCUAAAAAAAUUGCAACCGUUUCAAAGGAAACCAAAUUAGAAAUCGAUGAAAAAGUUUACAUAGAAAAAUUUCGACCAAAUCUAAUGGAUGUUAUUUAUUCAUGGACAAAAGGAAAGUCAUUUUCAGAAAUAUGUAAAAUGACCGAUGCAUUCGAAGGUUCAAUAAUACGUUGUAUGCGACGUUUGGAAGAAUUAUUAAGACAAAUGUGUCAGGCAUCAAAAGUGAUUGGCAAUACUGAUUUGGAGAAUAAAUUCUCUGAAGCAAUCAAAUUAAUAAAACGUGAUAUUGUUUUUGCAGCCAGCUUAUAUCUUUAAAUUUAGACUUUUAUUAAACGAUUUUCAUUUUUUUAUUAAUGUAAUGAUAAUGAUUCAUUAAACAAUGAUGUAAUUUAUAAAUUAGA